ACUUCCGGCCCGCGGUCCGUCCAGGUCGGCGGCCCCCCCGCCCCUGCCUUCCGCGCGCUCUGGUUCCGGAGGGACAGCGUCCGCGGGAGCGCGUCGCGGGCAGGCAUGGCGGCCCGCCCGGGCUGAGGAAGGCCGGGGUCCGCUCUGCGAUUCGCCGCGUCUCCUCGGCGAGGACGCCUCGUCCGCAGCCCCUGGGUGCCCGGGCCCGCCCCGGAGCUAACCGGGCCUGCGCCCCGCCGCCCCCUCGGCUGUCGCAGCUUCCGCGCCGAGCGCGGCGGACGCGGCGCGGCCCGGCGCCGGGUCGGGGUCAGGCCGGGGUCGGGGUCGCGGUCGCACCGGGCCGGCCGAGCGGCGGUUGGGCGGCCCGGGGCGGCGCUGACGACAGGCCCGCCCGCCCGCGCGGCCGGGGAGGCGGGACGGGGCGGGGCGCCCGCUGCUUCCCGGCCGCAGCCAUGGCCGACGAGACCCCCAGGAAGGGCGCCCUGUCGGCGCUCGUCGGGCACACCAACGGCCUCACCAAGCCCGCGGCCCUUGCCGCGGCCGCCGUGUCGCCCAAGCCCGCGGGCGGCGGCGGCUCCAGGAAACUAGUCAUCAAGAAUUUCCGAGACAGACCCAGGCUGCCGGACAACUACACACAGGACACCUGGCAGAAGCUCCGCGGGGCGGUGAGGGCCGUGCAGAGCAGCACCUCCAUCAGGUACAACCUGGAAGAGCUGUACCAGGCUGUUGAAAAUCUCUGUUCUCACAAAGUUUCCCCAACACUCUACAAACAGCUGCGCCAGGUCUGUGAAGAUCAUGUCCAAGCACAGAUCCUUCAGUUUAGAGAAGACUCACUAGAUAGUGUUUUAUUUUUAAAGAAGAUUAACACAUGCUGGCAAGAUCAUUGCAGACAAAUGAUCAUGAUCAGAAGUAUUUUCCUGUUUUUGGAUCGCACUUACGUACUCCAGAAUUCCAUGCUUCCUUCUAUCUGGGAUAUGGGAUUGGAGCUUUUCAGAAACCAUAUCAUUAGUGAUAAAAUGGUUCAGAGUAAAAGUAUUGAUGGAAUUUUGCUAUUAAUUGAACGUGAAAGAAACGGCGAAGCUGUGGAUCGGAGUUUAUUGAGAAGUCUGCUGAGUAUGCUGUCUGACCUUCAGGUCUAUAAAGAUUCAUUUGAAGUGAGAUUUUUGGAAGAAACUAAUUGCUUAUAUGCUGCAGAAGGCCAGAGAUUAAUGCAAGAAAGAGAGGUUCCAGAAUAUCUUAACCAUGUAAGUAAGCGUUUAGAGGAAGAAGGAGACCGAGUAAUCACGUAUUUAGACCACAGCACACAGAAACCACUGAUUGCUUGUGUGGAGAAACAGCUUUUGGGAGAACAUUUAACAGCAAUUCUGCAGAAAGGGCUCGACCAGCUGCUGGAUGAGAACCGAGUGCCCGACCUCACCCAGAUGUACCAGCUGUUCAGCCGCGUGAAGGGCGGGCAGCAGGCCCUGCUGCAGCACUGGAGCGAGUACAUCAAGACUUUCGGGACAACAAUUGUCAUCAAUCCUGAGAAGGACAAAGAUAUGGUACAAGACCUGCUGGAUUUUAAGGACCGGGUGGACCACGUGAUAGAAGUGUGCUUCCAGAGGAACGAGAAGUUCAUCAACUUGAUGAAGGAGUCCUUUGAGACGUUUAUCAAUAAGAGGCCGAAUAAGCCCGCAGAACUCAUAGCAAAACAUGUUGAUUCAAAGUUGCGAGCGGGCAAUAAAGAAGCGACCGAUGAGGAGCUGGAGAGGAUUCUCGACAAGGUCAUGAUAAUAUUCAGGUUCAUUCAUGGGAAAGAUGUCUUUGAAGCCUUUUAUAAAAAAGAUUUGGCAAAAAGACUCCUUGUUGGAAAAAGUGCCUCAGUAGAUGCCGAAAAGUCUAUGUUGUCCAAACUAAAGCACGAGUGCGGCGCGGCGUUCACCAGCAAGCUGGAGGGCAUGUUCAAGGACAUGGAGCUGUCCAAGGACAUCAUGGUGCAGUUCAAGCAGUAUAUGCAGAAUCAAAGCGAUCCAGGCUGUAUAGAUCUAACAGUGAACAUACUUACAAUGGGAUACUGGCCAACAUACACCCCUAUGGAAGUGCAUUUAACUCCAGAAAUGGUUAAACUUCAGGAAAUAUUUAAGACAUUUUAUCUUGGAAAACAUAGUGGUCGAAAACUUCAGUGGCAAACCACGCUGGGCCAUGCUGUUUUAAAAGCAGAGUUUAAGGAAGGAAAGAAGGAAUUCCAGGUGUCCCUGCUCCAGACGCUGGUGCUCCUCAUGUUCAACGAAGGGGAUGGGUUCAGCUUCGAAGAAAUAAAACUGGCCACAGGGAUAGAGGACGGCGAGCUGCGGAGAACGCUGCAGUCCCUGGCCUGCGGCAAAGCACGGGUGCUGGUCAAGAGCCCCAAGGGGAAGGAGGUGGAGGAUGGCGACACGUUCACAUUCAACGGGGAGUUCAAGCACAAGUUGUUUCGAAUAAAGAUCAACCAGAUCCAGAUGAAAGAGACCGUCGAGGAACAAGCCAGCACCACCGAGAGAGUGUUUCAGGACAGACAGUAUCAGAUCGACGCUGCUAUUGUCAGAAUAAUGAAGAUGAGAAAGACUCUUAGUCAUAAUCUUCUAGUUUCUGAAUUGUAUAAUCAGCUGAAAUUUCCAGUAAAGCCUGGAGAUUUGAAAAAGAGAAUUGAAUCUCUUAUAGACAGAGACUAUAUGGAGAGAGACAAAGACAAUCCGAACCAGUACCACUACGUGGCCUGAUAUGUCGGCCCCCUGUGUUCUCAGCGAAGACUCUAGAAUGUAUCUUCAGGGUGGUGAAGCAUUUCUGUGCUGUUUCCAGGACCUCUGAGAUGGGGCCAGCAUGGAGACUAAUGGAUUCGACAGAGGAUGAUUCUCGGAUCACCCUUCACAAAGCCUGAGCGUUGGCCAGCGGCAUCUGUGUCUUUCCCUCCAUUUCUUCCUCUUACUCUUUUCGGUGUUUAAAUUGCUUCAGUUGCUCUGUGCAGAAUGACUUUGAGAUUGGACAAGGAGAUACCGGGUGAAAGAGGCCCCUCGUUGGGCGCGCUCUGGGAGCACGGUGCUGAAAGUGUGCUGUGUGGCGUGUGUGUGUGAUCACGGGCGUGCGGUUAAAAAGACUCUCAGUGCAGCGCAGGGGCCGUGGCGCUGGCUGGCGUGCACCAGGCAGGGCUCCUGCCCAACGGGCACGCCAGUCUGCGGCCAGAGCCCCUUGCCGGCGAGCGUCAGGAAGAACGGGUCCGUGUCACCCCGGCUCGCCACUUAUGCAGCAUCUUUACCGACGUGUUCGUCCCUUUAUUUCCCACGCUUGACACUCUGAGGACGGACUGUUAGAGUGAGGCUUCUCCACGGCCCCUCUCAGGGCCGAGACAUCACCGGGGGGUUGCUGCUCGCUGCAGUGGCCUCACGAGCAUCUUUGUUCUACUUCGCUGAGUUGUUGGUAAAUUUUCUGUUUAGGGGUUCAGGGGGGUAGUGUGUGCUCACGCUUCUAAGAUCGCGUCUCACGGACCCUGUUCUUCGCACGCGGGUAGCUGCUGCCUGACUUGUUAGCCGCAGUGCCCGCCCGAUGGCGUGCUUUACAGCCGUGUGCAGGGAGACACGCUGUCGGCGCUGUGGCCACCGUACACGUGACGGGGGUGACGGGGGACUCGGGUCCUGGUGGUGGGAGCAGGCAUUUUGUCAGAAGGUUAAAUGGAUUUUGUUGGCACCUCGUUUCAUGUUGUGUGUGUGCGGGUGAGGUGCGGGCCCGACGGCGUCAGUACCGUGCACUGUAACAGACGCUCUCCUGGUGACAUUUCACAGUACUUUAUAUUUUACAUAAUAGCAUGUUUCGUUUUGAUUAAAAGCUACCAAAGGAAUUUUGAUCAUGGUAUAUAAGUGUUUAAAGCAAUAUUUUCUGGAAUAUACCAAGUUUAUAGAAUUUGAUUUUGUGCUAAAUUAUUAAAAAUUUCUCCCUUUUUGAAACAUGCUUGUUUAAAAUCUGACAUCUGGGUUUCCACGUGAAAAUCUCGCCCUUCAAGUAUCCUCAUUAUUUCUCAUUUGUAAAUUUUCAUUUGUGAGUUCUAUGAUUUGUGGUCUAUAAAAGACCAAAUAGAUUUCUACUUAUUAAAUUUUAUGUUCAUUAUCUCUAGAGAUUGUUAAUAUUGUAAUUUAAUGUAGACUUACUCUGAAUAAAAUUAAAUUGGCCUUAAAAUUACAUUAAUAAAACUUGUGCUGUGCGAACUACA